AUGCGUCCUGGGUGCGCUGGCGCCCCUCCCAGUUCGAGUUCGGCAGGGGUCUGGCGGGCUCGGCGGUCCGGCCCCGGGCCCGGCGGAGCCGCACGCUGCCCGCCACCGCCGCGCCGCGCCGUGCGCAGCCACCGAGCUUCGGGCGUCCGCGCCGCCGCCCGCCCGCCCGCGCCGCCUCCUCCGCGGCGGCCGCCGCUCCCCCCGCGCCGGCUGCACGCUCAGAUUCCUCGCGCGGCGGCGGCCAACCCAGCUCCCCGGCUCGACUCUUUCCUUUCCCUUCUCUUCUUCUCGCCCUCUCACCGCCACCUCCUUGCAUCCACUCCCUCCGGCUAUUUGCAAAUCUCCCCUGACCCUCGCGCUUUGAGGUGCCAGGAGGACAAGGAACCCCCACUUGGUCGCACGAGGUUGAAGCUGAGACGCCAGACAGCUGCCGGCUGAUCUGACUGUCGUUAUUUUUCGUUGUAACUUCAGGAGAGGAGGAAGGAAAAUUCUUGAGUGUCUGUGCUGACUGCUCAGCACUCUUCACCCUUCCCCCACCCUACCCCCACCUCUGCUGGAGCGGCUCCCUGGGGAAAAAGAGAUUUGCAGGGUUUGGGUGUUUUAUUGUCUUAAGUGACACACACACAAAAAAAAUGGGAUGGAAGGGGCACUAGUCAAAACAGUUUUUAGUAACUCAAGUGGGUGGCUGGACACUUUUUUUUCUAUAUUCCUA